CAUACCUGUAGGGAGGGAGAGCCAGAGAAGAAGAAGAAGUAUGUACCAUGUUUUGUCUACAUUGGGGCCCACAAGCUCUAACUGCCAACUGAGCAGAGGACCUGUCAUUCUGCUUGGACGGUUUGUCACUAACUUUUGUGAGACCCCCAACCCUGACGAUGUCCCAGUCCAAACACAAGACCCUGAUCCGAGUGCUGCUGUGGUGGGUUGCCCUGCUGUCCGUCUGCCAGGCUGCUCUGUUGGUGCUGUUCUUUACUAAGGGGCACUUUGGGAAGAACGGAGAUGCACAAGAGAGGAGCGUUGACACUCAGUUUGGCUCAAAUCCAUCUUCUGAGAACCCAAGUUCCCAAGACAAAGCCAAAAUGUUAACCUUUGAGGCCACUGGAGUUCAAGCAAAUAACACCAUCACAUGGUAUGCUUCGAACCCGAAUUAUGGUCCAGUUGAUGAUGGAGAUUCUGGAGAUCUCAUCGUCCAAAAGGACGGGCAGUUCUUUGUGUGUCUCAGGGUAACCCUGAAGAACAGCACAUGCAGGAGUCAGGACACAUGUCCCCAGAUAGAAGUGACUCUAAAAGAGGUAACUGGAAAACAUGAAGAUAUUCUUACAGGUUGGAUCAAUAAUAAGACACUGAGCACAGGUCUCUUGUGCAAGAUGAAGAAGCUGUUGAAAGACAAUAAGCUGAGAGUGGAGAUCAAACCUCCAAAUCGAGAAAAAGUCCAUUUAAAUAAGAACCAGAGCCACUGCUCCCUGGACAUCUUCUAUAUGCCCAACUGAACCAUGUCUGCUGAACCUGGUACACUCAAUGCAAACACAUAGUAUCCUGGAACUGCAAAACACAAAAGAAUACAUGGUAUUAGAUUUCUAAGCAGCAGGUAGAGCUAUUUCCUCACUAGUCAGAUUGCUCCAGCCUCCAGUAGCCUGUAGAAUAUGAAUGUCAUGCCCAAGGGCAAGACACCUUACCUCUCCUGCCAGUGUUUUGCAACAUCGUCCUUGUAUAUGUUAGUAUGUCAUGUGGUGACUCAGAUGUUGUAGUUGUCUGUGUGCCUCAGGGCAGCUGUGACCUUGGACAUAGCUUACCAACACUGGUUGUGUCAGAGCAGUGGAUGAAUAAUGAACAUACCUGAAAACUUUUUAAACUAGACUAAACAAAAAAUUGUGGAUGAAUAACUGAAACUGAAUAUAUAUGGCUCAAUGUUUUUUUUUUAAGCCUAAAUGUAUUUAAAAGUUUGAUGGAUGAAUAGAACAUUCACCAAAAAGAACAUUUAUUUAACAUUUGGUGCAUUCACUACAGAUGUGUGUUUUGAUAUACUUAGUAGUAAAUAGCUUUUCUUUUUCAAAACACAGAAUUUCUCUAAAAGCUCAUUUUAAGUUGAUUUUAAGUUAAUUUUUCCUGAAUGUAUUUUCAAACUUUACCUUUUUGAAUGUAUUUAUUAAUUUAUUUAUUGAACAUUUCAGGGAUAAAAAGAGUAUUUCUGACUAGGCCUGUCUUGGCCUGAUGUUGUUACCGACAACAUGAGUGUUAUUUAUUUAUUUUUUUUAAAAGAGGAUGCUAUUUGUUUUAAAAUUAAUCUAUGUUAAUCUUGAUUCUCUGUUUAUUGAUUUAGGGGCU